AUGGAUUUGUUCAAAUAUGAAAGUCGGCGAACACAAUCGAUUACAUUGGACGCUGGCUAUGUUUCAGUUUCAUCAACUGAUAUAGCUCAAUCACCAAAAAGAUUUGGUUUACAUGGAAAGAAAUUAAUAUGCAUUAUUUUUACCAUAGCAUCGCUUGUUUUAGUCAGCUUUAUUAAUUUAAUUUGCCUUUUAUGGCUUAUGUACAGACUCGAUUGGUCGUUGUUUGAUAGCAAUGGAUCAAAAGUAUUUCGAGUUGAUAAGUAUAAUCAAAAAGUUGAAUUUCAAAAUCAAGUGUCAUUUGAAGAUAUUAUGUAUGCAUCUAAAAUAAAUAAUAUAAGUCAAAUAAAUGUAUUGUUAGCUAAACAAAUUGAUAUAUCUGGUGAUCAAAAUUCUAUUUUAUUCGAUGAUGAUCAAAUUUUAUUUAAUACUGAUAAAUUCGAUUUAAACAAUCAUUCAUUUAUUGAUUUUACCAAUCUUCAUUCUCUUAAAUUCGAUAAUCGAAUUAAAACUCGUGUUCAUCUAAAUCAAUUUAAUUCUGAAAGUAUUCGUAAUAAACAAUUAAAUAUCAGUGCAAUAAAUCAUUUAGCAAUAACAAAUAUUGAUCAUGCUUUUUUCUAUGCCGAAAAUCUAUUAUUAGAAGCUGAUCGACAUAAUCGUCGGUCGGUACUUCGCUUUGGAAAUCUUCCCGCAAGAAUAAAAUAUGUUCAUCAUUAUCAAAAAACUCUACUUGAAAGUUUACACCUGAAAAGUGAUUCGGUAUUUUUCGAUUUACCUCGAUUACCUCUAUUAGCUAAUACACAUCGUAGUGAAUCUGGCAUUUAUCGUAUAUGCAUUUGUAAUACAACUUUUUUAUUUUUACGCAGUUCUGCUCAUCAGCCGUGUCCUCUUUUUUAA